AUGAGCGGCGACCCGAUUGUCGAGUUCACCGGCUUCAUCAAAGCCUAUCGUCUUUUCCGUAACAACCGUCUCUCCGAUGCAGAAGCCGUCUGUACUAAUCUUCUCCGCAAAAACCCACUGGAUCAGGUAAGUCUGCACUUUGCCACUCUAAAACGACAAAAAACGGAAGCGAGGGGGAAUCCUCUCGGUCGAAGUGUGUGUGUGUACAUGUGCGAGUGAGCUCGGCAGAAAUCAGUGUGUAAUAUUGUGUAGGCGAAACGGAUUCUUCACUUUCUUCCUCUAUCUUUCAUGUCGCAGAAGAAGAAGAAGAGGGAGCGAAGAUAAGAGAAUCGGAAGCACUGGGAAUCUCUGUUUUCAGGCAACGUGGGCGCUCAAAUUGCAGUGUUUGUCGGAUUCCACGUAUGUGGACGAGCUGGAGAACGAAGACGUCGGACUGGCGGAGACGUUCCUCGAUCAGAAUGUGAUCGCUCCGAACGCGAGGCCGGGGACAAGUUUUCAGAGACCAAGACCACUGCCAAAGGGGUCAAUCCUAUUCUGAGGUGCUUCUUGACUGGUGAGAAGCAGCAGAAGAGUACUUGUAUUUAUUUCAGACCAUCCACAAAUGCGGGCCGUCCUCUGUCCGGAGUCGUUCGCCCGCAAAGUUCCUUCAAAUCGGGCUCAAUGGAUCAGGCCGUGAGGACCGCCCGUACCGCGAAAACCGCGCGAGCUGUGAGCAGCACUUCCGCCAGAAACAUGCGUCUGGGAACUGUAACUCUCACUUCUUCUUGAUAGUGUUAUUGUUGGACUUUUCAGGCUUCGAUGGCGGCUGGCGCAGACGGGGAAUUUGUCAAUUUGGCCAGACUGAACAUUGACAAGUAUGCGGCCGAUCCGCAAGUCAAUCGCCAGCUCUUCGAAUACGUCUUCUACUUCGUCAACGACAUAAAAAUUGCCCAUCAAAUCGCCGGGGUGGCUACGAAAUCUGCAGGUUUUGAAGACUACUUCUGGAAGAAUCAGUUGGCAAAGUGUUAUCUGCGGUAAUCAUUCUGGGAAGGUAUUAGAGGAAUCCGAAGAAUGUUUCAGAUUGGGAAUGCUCUCGGAUGCGACCAAACAACUGCAAUCCUCUCUGGAACAGCGGCAGUUGAUUGAAACCUUUGCGUUCUUGGCAAAAGUAACUUUGACGAUUUUUCAGUAUCAUAAACAAUCUCUUCUUUUAGACAUACAAUAGAGUGGAUCAGCCUAUGGCAGCUCUCAAAACAUAUUCAUCGGGACUGGAUUCAUUUCGAGAAGACGUCACAAUGCUCACUGGAAUGGCACGUGUGCAGGAGGCUUUAGGAGAGUACGAAUUGUCGAUUAUGUUGUACAAAAGAGUGCUUGAUGCGCAAUCGAACAACAUUGAGGUAUUGAGAAGAAGUGUAAUAAAAUCAAAUGGGUUAAUGACAAGUUGGCAGGCGAUCGCGUGUGUCGCUACUACGUAUUACUACGGAGGCAAGCCCGAGAUUGCCCUCCGAUACUACCGACGCAUCCUGCAGAUGGGCGUCUCGUCGCCCGAGCUCUUCAUGAACAUCGGCUUGUGCUGCCUCGCCGCUCAGCAGUUCGACUUUGCUCUCUCGUCCGUUAUGAGGUGCGAAUGGGAUGGGAAACUUGAGAGACGAGCAUUUCUUCAGAGCUCAAUCCACAAUGACCGAAGACGUGGCAGCUGACAUCUGGUACAACAUCGGACAAGUGAUGGUGGAUGUCGGUGACUUGUUCGCAGCUUCUCGAGCCUACCGGAUCGCUCUUUCGCAUGACCCCGACCACAGCGAAUCUCUUGUGAAUCUCGGCAUUCUGAGACAUCGAGAAGGUUUCACACACGUGAAGGCGUUCUUUUUGAGUAUUUGACGGUUUCAGGAAAGAUCGACGAGGCCCGCUCGCUGUACAGUUCGGCCAUUGCCAAGAAUCCGAUGAUGUUCGAGGGCAACUUCAACCUGGCGCUCGUCUGUUUCACGCAAGGAAAGUACCACGAAUGCCGCCGACUCAUCGAGAGAGCCCUCGAAGUGUUCCCGGAGCACGAGCACUGCAAGAAGAUCCUGAACAACAUCAAGACGUUGUACGAAUCGAUCUAG